AUGGCAGAAAAGAAAAAAUUUGAAAGAUCGAAACCUCAUUUAAACAUCGGGACUAUUGGUCAUGUUGACCACGGUAAAACAACUUUAGCGGCCGCAAUUACCUCAGCGUUAGCAAAACAAAACAAAGCCAAAAAAAAAGAUUAUUCAGAAAUCGAUAAGGCUCCCGAAGAAAGAAAACGAGGAAUAACUAUUCAAGCUACUGACGUGGAAUUUGAAUCGGAUAAAAGGCACUAUUCGUUAGUCGACUGCCCUGGACACGCUGACUAUAUUAAAAAUAUGAUUACCGGCGCUUCGGAAUUAGACGGAGCGAUUUUGGUGGUUUCCUCUGACGAUGGUGUGGUGGAACAAUCACACGAACAUAUGCUACUUGCUAAACAAAUCGGGAUAAAGAAUAUUGUUGUUUUUAUUAAUGACAAGACUAGCAAGGGUCUGGAUGAUGAGACAAAAGAGUUAUUAGAAACUGACGUUCGUGCUAAUUUGGAAAAAUAUGGAUACGACAGAGAAAAAACUCCGAUAAUUGUUGCUUCAGCUUACAGAGCAUUGGAAGAUAAACCAAAAGAAAAAGGAGUAAAAAAUCCUGCUUAUGACCCCCAAGAAGAAGAAAAGGUUUUGAAAUUAAUUGAGAUGGUUGAUGAGCACAUUCCACUUCCCGUAAGAGAUGAAAAUAAGCCUUUUUUCAUGUAUAUUAAAGACAAAUUUAGCAUUACCGGUCAAGGAACAGUGGUCGCUGGUGUAGUUAAAAGAGGAAAAUUAAAUAUAGGUGAUAAAGUUGAAUUAGUUGGUUUUGGCAAAAAAAAGGAAGCGGUGGUAAAGAGUAUUGAAUCACAUCUUAAGUCCUUAGAUCAAGCUGUUCCGGGUGAUGACAUUGGUAUCAACUUAAGAGGUGUGGAAUAUGAGGAAGUAGAAACCGGUCAAGUGUUGGCUGCUUCGGGAAGUAUUUCCAUGCACAAGAAAUUCAAGGCUCAGAGUUAUAUUUUAAGUGCUGAGGAACGUGGUCGGAAGUCUGGUUUUAAAAGUGGUUAUAAGCCACAAUUUUUCUUUUCUUCCCUUGAUAUUACUGGAACAAUAGAAUUACCGGAUAAGGACCAAAUCGUAAAUCCCGGAAGCAAUGUUGAGUUUACGGUGGAACUAAUCGAAUCAGUCCCAAUCGAGCAAAACAUUAACUUUACAAUACGAGAAGGAGGAAGUACAGUUGGAACAGGAGUAGUUACCGAAAUUAUUGAGUAA